AUGCUCGCGAGGAUCGAGGCCCAGAACCUCCCGGGCGCUGCCGCGUACCUGUGCGAGCAGAUCGGAUUCUACGUGAGCAACCACGGGGCCGACCCGUUCAGUCGCAAGAUCAUGUACCUGCACCUCAAUGGCUGGACCUACAUCGACGGCGGCGGGGGGUGCAUGAACCCCGCCACCGCGGUUGACUUUGCUGGGGCGAGGCGGAGGGUCCAGGAGCUCAUAGACGGCACGAACGUGCGCGUGAAGGAUCUCUCAGAGGCCUGCUGGCCGGACGCCAGCUGCCAGGACACGGGAGGCCCCGCCAGCGUGGUGCUCCUGGACGCCCUGCUGGAGGAGCGGCACGAGGCCCUGAUGCACAUCCUCACGAUGCUCUGCAUCAUCCUGCUCCUGCUGCUCUUCGUCGCCGUCGUGAACAGGAAAAUCACCACGUUCACACGGGCCAUCCUGCAGCCUCUGCGCUGGCUGGUCGACGACAUGGAGGCCAUGGGGUCGCUGGAGCUGCUCCAGAUUUGCCGG